ACGAUCGUUAUCGUAAUUGUUAAUUAAAACAACUUAAAAUUUGCUUAAAAAAUGCUCCUUAAGAAACUAUUUACUAUAGUUUUCGUACGUACCGACACGCAAGUACUCUUAGGUUUGAAGAAACGCGGUUUCGGCGUAAACAAGUGGAACGGUUUUGGCGGUAAAGUCGAGCCCAAUGAAACAAUAGUGGAAGCAGCCGUGCGAGAGUUGAAAGAAGAAUGUUGUCUUAUCGUUAAAAAGAGCGACAUGAAGAAUAUUGGCCACCUAGAAUUUACGUUUGAAGGUGAAUCGACAAUGAUGGACGUGAGAGUAUUUAGUACAACCGUUUACGAAGGAACGCCUACGGAAACAGAAGAAAUGCUCCCCAAAUGGUACAAUAAUGAUGAAAUCCCAUAUAAAGACAUGUGGCUUGACGAUGCGAUAUGGUACCCAUACAUGUUAAAGGGAAAGCUUUUCUAUGGAAAGUUUCAUUAUCAGGGACAUGAAAAAAUUAUAAAUUAUAAUGUUGAAGAGUUGCAGUCCAUGGAGGAUUUUUAUGCUAACAGGAAAUGAAGUAUAAUCUGGAGCCUAGACAGUGUUAAUAUCUGAUUGUAGUAACUGUUUGCUGUUAACAUUUAAGAUCCAACUUUAAUUUUGAUAAAAAUAUAUUAUCAUAACAAAAUUAAGUAUAAUAGGCAUGCUUGCCUUACUUUAGUAUUAUUUCAAGUGAUUUAUUAUGUAACAUGUCAUUAUAAGAUUGUUUCUUAGGCUGUGAUACAACUUAGUUGUUCCUAAUAAUGUCAAAGUAACUAAUUAAAUACCAUUAAUUAAUUUGAUAUUCUCUGUUUUCUUGCCUUUCUCAUUUAAUGCCAAUAUGUGUUGCUUACAAAUCCUUUAAUGUUCUGCCUUGUCACUCAAACUCAUACAAAUUAUAAUUGCUUUAGUAUGUUUGAUUUAACUAUACUAUCAUCUAGUAUAAUAGUAGUUCCCAACCUGGGGGUAAAACAACUGGUAUAAUAUUAUGGGGGUUAUGUGAUAAGCCGAACAAAAAAUCUUAGAUUUUAACUACUAUUUUUACAAUCACUGCAAAUCUAUCAGUCAAUUUGUAUAAGA